AUGGAUCCUAUCAUUAGUGAUUCAGAGUGGGAGAUUUCCAGUGACAGCAGCAGCAGUGAGGAUCAAGAGGAAGACGAUUUUCUAUUUGGUGGAAAAGCUAAGAGUAUAUUAUCAAGUUUAGAGGAAAGCAUUGGAAGGAUUGAUGAUUUUCUUUCAUUUGAGAGAGCAUUUGUUCAUGGAGAUGUGGUCUGCUCCUUAUCAGACCCGUCUGGACAAAUGGGUAGGGUCACAAGUGUUGAUGUGUUUGUGGAUUUGGAAAGUGUUAAAGGAAAAGUAGUAAAACAUGUAAAUUCAAGGGAACUUUUGAGGAUUCGCUCCAUUUCGGAAAGUGAUUAUGUAAUUAAGGGGUCAUGGCUUGGUCGGGCUCAAAGGGUGGUGGACAAAGUGACUGUAUUGUUUGACGAUGGAGCUAAAUGUGAUAUCACUGCCUUGGAAAGUGAGAAAAUUUUACCACUGAAUGGUAAUUUUCCUGAAGAUUCACAGUUUCCAUACUAUCCAGGGCAGAGAGUAAAGGUUAAGUCCUCCGAUGUUUCAAAAUCAACUAGAUGGCUAUGUGAUACUUGGAAGGACAAUCAUGAUGAAGGAACUGUUUGUGAUGUGGAAGCAGGCUUGGUGUAUGUUAAUUGGAUUUCCUCCGUUCUUGUGGGUUGCAAUUUGAGUGGGAGUGCUCCCCCAUGCUGGCAAGAUUCUGAAAACUUGACUGUGCUAUCUUGUUUUUCACGUGGAAACUGGCAGCUUGGAGAUUGGUGCAUGCUCUCAGUCGCAGACCAAAAGGAAGUGGUUAUUCAGCAUGCACCUAUAGGUGAUCUUACUAUGGAGCGUUGUGUGUCAAGAGAGUCUAAGGGAAGUAACUUUAACUCUAACAUUGGUGAGUUGUUUAUGAUUGGGAAGAUAAAGACCAAAGUUGAUGUUGUAUGGCAAAAUGGUGAACAUACAUUGGGAUUGGAUCCAGAGAAUUUACUCCCGGUGAAUGUUUUGAAUAACCAUGAAUUUUGGCCUCACCAGUUCGUGCUGGAAAAAGGUGCUUCUGAUUAUCCUCUUAAAACUAGCAGUCAAAGAUGGGGUGUUGUCCAAUGUGUGGAUGCAAAGGAGCGUACAGUGAAAGUACAAUGGAAAACUGUUUCCAUAUCCAACCCAGAUAAUUUGACUGGAGACUCAUUGGAGGAAACUGUGAGUGCUUACGAACUUGUAGAGCAUCCAGACUACUCCUGCUUUUUUGGUGAUAUUAUGUUCAAGGCGGCUCAAAAACAGCUUGGCAACCAAGCUGAUAAAGAAAAAGCAAAAUCAGUGACAGACUUGACUGCAGAGGCUGUUCCCAAAAAUGGGAACCAAAUGGGUUAUCAGGAUGAGUUCCCUGAUAGUUAUUUCAUGUCCUGUAUUGGCAAUGUUACUGGUUUCAAAGAUGGCGAUGUGGAGGUGACAUGGGCAACUGGUUUCACAACUAUGGUUGCACCAUAUGAAAUUCUUCGGAUUGAGAAACAUGAAGGUUCAACUGUAACCCCGACUCCUUAUGAGACAACUGUUGAAGAGAUAACACAAGAGAUGAUUGAACAUGGGAGUCUACCUUCUGACCAGAAGGGAAAGGACCUAUUAAAUGCUGAUGUUAGUAGAGAGAAUAGUGGAAAGAAUCUUGGGGAAUGUAGUUCUUUUUCCCUUCCUCGAGCUGCCUUUGAACUUUUCUCCAGCAUUAAAGCCAGCAUACUCCAAACAUUCAGUGGAGCUCUACUCUCAGGAGCAGUUUCUGCGAUACCUACAUUUGAAAAAGAGAAUGGAUAUGAUUUUUUAGAUAAGAAACAUUUGGAAACUUGUGACCUCUGUGCUGAACAACAUUCAAUGACUGAGCUGCAAUCUACUGAAGACAAAGGUUCAUUCCCCGAAAGUAUCAAGACUCAUGAGAAGAAUGGUUUUCCAUUUUCUUUAGAUACCAACAAUUCAAACCCGUUCAAGCAGUUUGAUGUGAUAGAAAAUUGCCCUGAUCACCAUUUUUUUGGUGAAGGACAAGGGUUGUCAGUAUCACAGGUAAAAAGAGGUUGGCUGAAAAAGGUUCAGCAAGAAUGGAGCAUCCUCGAGAAAAAUCUUCCUGAAAGUAUUUAUGUUCGUGGGUUCGAAGAAAGAAUGGAUCUCAUGCGAGCAGCUAUUGUGGGUGCAUCAGGAACCCCUUAUCAUGAGGGGUUGUUCUUUUUUGAUAUAUGCUUCCCUCCGGAGUAUCCCAAUGAACCACCUAUGGUGCACUACAAUUCUGGAGGGCUCCGAUUAAAUCCUAAUUUGUACGAGUCAGGAAAAAUCUGUCUGAGUCUCCUUAACACUUGGACAGGCACCGGCACAGAAGUGUGGAACCCUGGAGCCUCCACAAUUCUCCAAGUCCUUCUCUCUCUACAGGCUCUUGUCCUUAAUGAGAAGCCUUAUUUCAAUGAGGCUGGAUAUGACCAACAAAUUGGCAGGGCUGAGGGAGAGAAAAACUCAGUCAGUUACAAUGAAAAUGCUUUCCUUGUCACAACCAAAUCGAUGAUGUAUCUAUUAAGAAAGCCACCAAAGCAUUUUGAAGCACUGGUGGAAGAGCACUUUAGAAGCCGUUCCCAACAUAUACUUCUUGCUCGUAAGGCAUAUAUUGAAGGAGCUUCCAUUGGAUGCGCUUUUGGUAGUGGAAAAACUGAACGUGAAGACCAUAAGGGAACUUCAGCAGGUUUUAAAAUUAUGCUUGCUAAGCUCUUCCCAAAGCUUGUAGAAGCAUUUUGUGAUAAAGGAAUUGAUUGCAGUCAGUUUGUUGAGUUACAAAAGUGA